CCUAAGAACCACUUUUUUAAAGAAAUUCUGUAGUUUUUUUUUAUACAUAGAAAAAAUUUAUUUUGUGCUUUGAAAAAUUUUUAUAUUACAUAAAUCUAUAUAUAUUCGACUUUACCCUUAUUUUACAUACAUUUUUUCCACGCACGAUGUCAAAAAUUCGAAGGUCAUCAUAUUCUGCCAGUGAAAAACUUAAGAUUUUGAAAUAUGCAAAAAAUCAUGGUCAAAGAGAAGCUGCACGUCAUUUUUCUAUUGAUCAUUCAAUGAUAUCACGUUGGAAAAAUCGGGAAGAUAAACUUAAGUCGGCAAAAGGGGAAAGUCGACGUAUUGGUGCAGGAAGAAAAGCAAAUUAUCCUGAAGCUGAAGCUAGUUUAAAAAAUUGGCUUAUAGAACUUCAAAAUGAUGGUAUUGCAGUGACUUCUAAAGUGGCUAAAUUUUAUAUGAAAGAAGUUUUAAUCGGAGAGUUUGCCCAAGUUUAUCCAGAUGGUGAAAAUUUUCUUGCCUCAGAACGUUGGCUUUAUGGGUUUAUUAGAAGGAAUGGAUUUUCUCUGCGACGUAAAGGUCAAAAUGACAUGAUGAAGGCUGUUCAUGAAUCCGCGAUGCAAGAUGAACUAAGAUCAGGAUCGUAGAUUAAAAAAUAACUUUCAAUUUCUAAUUUAAAUAUGAACAAAUAAGAUUAUGCUAAAUUUUCUUUUAAGUAUAAUAUACUUUUAUCAAUAAAUACAGAAUGCUGUAUGAUAAAUUAAUGUAAAAAGUAUUUUCUAAAUAGAUUUUUACUUCAAAUCACCGGGGGUAAUCAUCACCGUUGGCCAGAAUCAUCAAUUUUUACCGGCACUAUAUUUUUUUAAUGCUGGUCGAUCAUCAUAAUUUCAGUUA